AUGGACCCGCUGUGGACCCGGAGAAAUGCAGUAUGGACUUCCGCUUUGGGAUUUUCUCCACAAUUACAAGGAAUCGAAGGUGCCGAAAAGGAGUCCAACCAUGCAAUCUUGCUCAUGCUUCGCGCAGAAGCACACGCCAGAAAUCCAAGCCAGGAUGUUACAGCCCUCCUCCCUCGCAUCAAAGGCCGGGUUGUUGCUCUGGAACACGGGCCAAAAUCUGGGCAGUUGGACCUCUCCCCGAUAAACAUUAAUCACGGCUUUCCCCGUUUUGGUGUGCGAGGAUGGCUUGACCCAUGGAUGUACACUCCGUGCCUAGUAUGUAUGUAUACGGAGUACUGUAUGCUGCCUUCCACUUUGCCGCUGAGCGACUUCCAGUCACAAGCUCCCGGCAACGUUUUCAAUGACGUUACAAUACUGGACACGAACAUCUUGCGCCCACAUUCGCAGAACAACCAUAGCUCUGGAGAAAAGUACUCCGUAUGGGAAGCAACUACAUUUAUACAGGACAAGGGUGGGAUUACGGCGCAUAUGUUUGGUGCAGGGAUGGUGUGGGUCUGCUCUCCCAAUUUCAACCGCGUCCGUGGGCGAGCACACAAGGAUAGCUGUAUUUCCAACACAUGCGGAGCUGUGCAUCCAUACUGGCUGAGCCUUGAUCUGAUCAAGAAGUCGCUCAAGCUUGCCAAGCGCGUGUGA